UGGAGGUAUUUCUCUGGGUCUUCUUUCUGUCCCCCAGGAUCCUGUGCUCUCUGGGUGAUCCAGCCUCCUGAGAUUCGGACCCAGGAGGGUGCCACCACCUCCCUGCCCUGCUUCUUCAAUGCCAGCCAAGGGAGACCGGCCAUUGGCUCUGUCACGUGGUACCGGGACGAGGUGGCCCAUGGGAAGGAGGUGAGGAACAGGACCCCAGAGUUCUGGGGCCGCCUGGUCCCCCUUGGCUCUGUCCGCUUCCUCUGUGACCACCAGGCUGAGCUGCACAUACGGGACACCCGAGUCAAUGACGCCGGAGUCUACCUGUGCAGGGUGGAGGUGCUGGGCCUGGGCAUCGGCACAGGGAAUGGGUCUCUGCUAGUGGUGGAGAAAGGAUCCUGUCAGCUAGAGACCAGCACCAUCCUUUACCUCCUCCUUCGGGCUGCAUUCUAUGCCUUCAGUUUUCUCUCUGUGGCCAUGGGCAGCACCAUCUAUUACCAGGGCAAAUGCCCCUGUUGCAUGGGAACACCCUGCCAUGCCUUGGAUGGCCUCUGAGGAGUGAUUCCAGAUCUGUGA